AUGUUCCAUGCUGAAGGCCGUCUUGGGCGACUGGAUGACGUGCGAUUACCGCAACAAAAACGCAAUGAAAAUAUUAUGUUUCAAGAAACGUUAUGUAUUUCAACUUCAACACAAUCUAUUUUGAUAUAUGAAAAUGAUCCAGCCAAAAUUCAUACAUUUACCAAUGUUACGCCAGAAUUUACUGACAUGAUAGUACAAAAAGGGCCGUGUCGACCUACAAAUAAUAUUUUUAAGUUUCCAACAAAUAAGGAACACAGAAGUUUUCAAGAGUCGUGGUUUACAAAAAAAUUAAAUGAUACGACUUUGGUUAACGGAGAUAGGUUAUCAUAUUCUAUUUCCACAGACAAAAUAUUUUGUUUUCAUUGUCAGAUGUUUGGUAGAACAAAAAGAGACAACUGGAUCAUUAAUGGUGUUAGUAAAUGGAAAAAUGCAUUACACAAAAUUUUAGUUCAUGAAACGUCAACAAAUCAUAUAGAUGCGUCUUUGAAAUUUAAAUUGAGAAAUCAAGUGUUACCCAUUCUUCUAUCACUGACUGAAAAAAGAAAAUUUGAAGUCCUCUGUAAUCAUGGAAUUGUAAAAGAACUCAUUGACAUCACUUUGUUUUUGGGCCGCCAUUCUUUAGCUUUUCGUGGUCAUCGUGAAAAAUGGUCAGAUUCAUUGCGUGGACAUUUCAAAGAUUUAGUAGAACUUGUUUCAAACUAUUCCCCUACAAUGGCACCAUAUAUUUCAAAUUUAAAAAAUAAAAAUAAUAAACCUCAGUGGUCUUUCAUAUCAUGGCGGAGACCAAAUGAACUCAUAGAAUGUAUAUCAGAUGAUAUUGUCGGAAUCAUAUCUAAAAGUAUAAAGGAUUCUCCUUUCUUUAGUGUUUCACUUGAUACAACAUUUGAUGUAUCUCGAAAAGAACAAUUGUCGUUUAUUGUUCGUAACAUCGAUAAAAACUCUGGUAGUAUUUAUGAACGUCUAAUAGCUGUCCUGGAAACACCUAUAAUAACAGGUCGCGAAUUAAUGAAUGUCUUUAAACAAACUUGUGAUUUGUUGAACUUAGAUUGGAAAAAUCAUCUUGUUGGCCAAUCUUAUGAUGGUGCUGCCAAUAUGAGGGGUAAUUAUAAUGGUCUUCAAAGUUUAAUCAAAGAAGUAAAUCCUCAUGCUAUUUAUAUAUGGUGUUGGGCACACCGAUUAAACUUGGUGAUUACUGAUGUUGUAAGUUCAGGUGUUAAUACAAUGGAUAUGUUUGGAAAUUUAGAAAAAUUAUAUGAUCUAAUUAAUUUAAGUAAAAUUAGAGUUAAGUAUUAUGAACAAUUUCAAAAAGAAAGAUAUAAGAAGAAACAAAUUCGUCGAAUAAAACGUGUGACAACUGCACGUUGGAUGUCAUUUUCAUAUGCACUGUACGUGGUUUUGAGUACAUAUUUAGCUGUAAUAGGCACAUUAGAAAUAAUUCGAAGUAAAGAUGGACCAGCAUUGACAUUCAAAAUAUUAAUUGAUAUACUAUCACCAACCAGCUCUAUAUUGCAAAGCAAAGAUCUAGAUCUGAUGUUAGCUGUUUCAAUGAUUGAACAAAAUAAAAUAAAAAUAUCAACUAAUCGAUCCUAUGAGAGUUUUAAACAUUUAUCUCAAGAAGUAGAUGUUUUUGUCUUAGAACAAGGAGAUGAAAAUGAAGAAUUCAUUUAA